GAAUUGCAAUUAAUAAUACGGUUACAAUUUAUUGUGAUUUUAAUUAAUUUUUUCACCACUUUGUCGUGCCAUACUCCCCCUGACCACGACACGAGUUCAGAGAGGCUGUGGCGCAGGACACCGGUACAACUAUGCUGUUACUACUCCCCUAUCAAAUUCUGAUAAUUUUUAUCCUGCUACACAUUGCUUGUAGUACCGAGUAUCAAAGUAACUCUUACAGUCUCGGUUCCAGUAAUUAUGAAGAAAAUAAUUAUAGUCCCUAUGAUAGAAAAAACUACCAGGAUCUAUAUAGGAAAUCGAACACUGCUAGAGAGCUACCUUACAUGUUAAGGAACUACUACGGCAGACAAAGUAACCAAUAUCAUGAACAAGCCGGAUCUAGACGACCGUCGUUUGGAUAUAAUUAUGAAAACGAUUUACCAAACGAUUCCAUAAGAAAAUCCGAUGAAGAAGAUUAUUCUGAAGUCCAGCCUUUGUUAGGAAAACUGUAUAUUCCAUCAUUUACAGAUAAGAAAUGCCCGUGUAACACUAAUAAAAAUACAAAUAAAAAUCCUGCAAGUACAAUCUGUUUCUCUAGCACAGAUGGUGGUAAACACUUAAUCGUCAAUUUCAAUAGCUUAGGAGUAUUUAAUAUAGUAAGUCUUAUCAAAUCUUACGUCAAUUAUGUCAAAAAAUUUAUGACCGAUAUUAAUGUCGACUAUACGAGUAUAUAUGGAAUUAACAAUUUCGAGUCUAUUUAUUCUAUGACCGAGGCAGGAAUAACAGCGCUAAUCAAAGCAGCACUAGAAGAAAAUAAUGCUAAAUCACAAAAACAGGAAGAUUUAGAAGCGCUGAUCCGGGCAAUAGAAAAAAAAUAUGAAGCUGAAGUACAAGAACAGUCAAAUUUAUAUGCGGUAAUCCAGAAUGCACUAAAUGAAAAGAAAAGUAUAUCACUAAUACAGACAGAGUUACAAGCGCUUAUCUACGCUGAGCUAAUAAAAGGUAAAUCUAAAAUUACUAGAGAACAGCGGAUAAUUUUAAAGGCAGAGGCACAGGUGAAGGCGGAGCUGCAAAUAGCAGCAAUAUUAACAAAAAUAGAAGCAAAUAAUUAUAAUAGAAACCAUGUUAUUAUUAAAAAUGAAACUCAUUCAAGCUGGCAUUCGAACUCUGAACAGAACUCAAAGUAUGAGAAUACUUAUAGUCAUCACUAUCAUAAUACUGGACAGAAUAAUAUAAACAAUAUUUUUCAAUCAGGAGCCAACUCAGAGGCAAGUGUAAAUUCAAACACUCAAACGCAGACUAGUGUUCAAAAUAAAGAUUUCACGUCUUCCCAUUCGAAUGCUCAAAAUUCAAUUUAUUCAAACACUAAUAAUUUUAUGGAUUUUGACGGAAUAUUUGACUUCGGGGGAGGGGGAGGAGUGCAGGGAGAGGCAGAAAUAGAAGGAGAGGCAGGAAUCAACGCAGAAGCAGGAAUAGAGGGAGGUGCAUUCAUACAGGGAGAGGCAGGAAUAGCGGGAGGGGCAGAAAUAGCGGGAGGGGGAGGAAUAGCGGGAGGGGCCGGAAUAGCGGGAGGAGCAGGAAUCAAGGGAGGAGCAGUAAUCAAGGGAGGAGCAGGAAUCAAGGGAGGAGCAGGAAUCAAGGGAGGAGCAGGAAUCAAGGGAGGAGCAGGUAUCAAGGGAGGAGGAGGAAUCUUGGGAGGAAUCUUUGGAGGAGCAGGAAUCCUGGGAGGAGCAGGAAUAGGGGGAGGUGCAGGAAUAGGGGGAGGUGCAGGAAUAGGGGGAGGAGCAGGAAUAGAGGGAGGAGCAGGAAUAGGGGGAGGAGCAGGAAUCAUGGGAGGAGCAGGAAUAGGGGGAGGAGCAGGAAUAGGGGGAGGAGCAGGAAUAGGGGGUGCUGGAAUAGGGGGAGGAGCAGGAAUAGGGGGAGGAGCAGGAAUCAUGGGAGGAGCAGGAAUAGGGGCAGGAGCAGGAAUCAUGGGAGGAGCAGGAAUAGGGGGAGGAGCAGGGGGAAUAUUUGAUGCAGGUCGCGGAUGGAGUGGGUUAGGUUUUAGGCGUUAUGAUGCUGCCGAAGGUUACUAUAGGCCAUAUAACGACGAGUGCCUCCGCUGUCGGCGCCGUUUGCCGGACUGGCUGCCGGCGCCGGUUGCCGGAUUAGCUGCCGGCGCCGGUAGCCUAUUCGGUAACCGGCCCUAA